AUGCAGCAGCGCCGACAGCUCUUGUCCUCACCUUUGAAACGCUCCAACACAACCCCGAAUUUCCGAUCGAAAGCAAGCCAAGUAUUAGACGAAGGCGAGGACGAUGGCGAGGAAGAAGAUGAGGAAACCCUAGAGCUUCGGCUUGCCGAGAUCCAGGCACGUCUCAAGUUGAAACAGCUCCAAAAGUCCCGAGGCCGGUCUGGCACCCUCACGUCCCAGACAGAAGACGAUGAGAGCUUCGGCUCUACUUCACAAGCCCCCCCACCUAGCCAGCGAAAGGCCUUGGCAAAUGAAGUGCAAGUUCCCGUAUCGCCUACAAGACGUGCGACUGCGGCUCCUGAGCCUUGGUCACCUCGGAGAUAUCAAUUGGGAAUUGAUAAGGGACGGAAGGCCAGUGAUGUGUCAUUAAAACGGCCGCCGAAUGCGAGAGCGUUACAGAGGCCCACAAGUCAGCUUGGGACACGCAGUGGUGCAAUGACCCGCACAACCGAUUCAUUCUCGCCCAGGCCACAGACCUCUCCAAGUGAUGGAGGCCUGCAUAGAAUUAAAAGCUUCAGCGAAAGAAUGGCCGAGGGCCGGGCAGCGGAAAAGGCUGAGAAAUCCCGUUUGGAAAAGGCCGAAAGAGUGCAGGCAGGCCGUAGCACAGCCUUCCAGCUGAAUAAAGCAGAAAUCGAGUCUUUCAGAGCUGCGGCUGCAAAGGAACCAGAAUCGACACUUCCGUCUUCCACGAGCCGAGAACCUGAAGGAUACUCAUUCAACCGUGAAGAGAUCCUUCGGUCCUUUAACCGCCCACAGUCUGGUGGCUUAAAGCGCAGCCAAACGACACCCAACAUGAAAGAUGAAAAUGCCCGAACCGGGAAGUCAUCUGAAGAAACCACAUUAAAUGCUCCUGACUCUUCAAAGUUUGAGUCCUACUCAUCUAUGCACCUGUCGACUCGCAUCUUACCUCAUUCAUUCCUUAGCCGCACUUUAAACGAUAAAACUGUCCUCCGCAUCCCUGAUCUUCUCAAAAAAAUCAAAGCUCCUGCGUUUGAACUUCCAGAGGAAAUAGAUGGAGACUUUGUGGUGUUUGGUAUCGUUGCAUCUAAAUCCGCACCAAGGACGACGAAGCAGGCAGAUAAUGCUACUGCCAAAUCAGCUGAUCCUUAUGACGAUGGCUUGAACAAUUCCAACCAAUACAUGGCUAUUACCUUGACCGAUCUCAAAUGGACGAUCGAUCUGUUCCUGUUCGAUACCGCAUUUCCUCGUUACUACAAGAUCACCGAGGGCACUCUUGUUGCGAUCUUGAACCCAACUAUUCUCCCACCCCCGAAGCACAAGAUCGAUACCAACCGAUUCAGCUUAGCUCUCUCAUCAUCGGACGACAAAGUUCUGGAGAUUGGAAAGGCCCGAGAUAUCGGGUACUGCAAAUCCGUGAAAAAGGAUGGGAAAACCUGCCAGUCUUGGCUAGAUGCCCGAAAGACCGAAUUCUGUGAUUUUCAUGUCGAUCUCCAGGUACGACGUACACAAGGUUCACGCUCCGGUGUAAACAGCAGUGUGGGUCAAUUUGGCUCUGGUGGUCGUUUUGACUCGCGAAUGGGUUAUUACAAAGAUCGCAAAGUUCAUUAUCAUGACCCAGAAGCCCCUAAGCAAAAACCAAAGUCGGAGACCGGGCGAUAUGAUAUGGCAACAGGUUCAACAUUCUUCGUGGCCCCAGCUCCUAGAAAUCGUGGUGCUCCACGUACGUCCUACAACCCUGUCGCUGGGGGACACGGGUCAGCGUCAUUACUUGAUGCUAAUGAUGAUCCUUUCAUUGCAGCCGGCAUGAUGGGACGAGGCAUGGACACUAAAGAAGCGCAACUACGGAGACGUCUCCUAGCGCAGCAGCGUGAACGAGAUAUUACACAGAAGCUUGUCUCCACGCGAGGUGGUGUGGGCGCCGAGUAUCUCCGUACACGGACCACCGAGACAUCAGCUACAAGUGAAACCAAUGGCAAGUCUUCUGGAACCCAGAGCACACCAAAAGCUCUUCCUUCGAGCAGUAGUGACUUCAACUUGGCCACCUUUGGAAGAGCCAAGAACGUACACUUGAGUCCAAAGAAGCGUUCUUAUGAUGGCGAUAAACCCCAUGGUAGCGGUCUCAAAAAGACAAGAUUUAUUACUUCAAGGGGUAUUCGAGAAGCUGGUCGAGAUAGCUUAGGUGGACCUGAGGCAACAGGUGCUCAGGGCCAGAUAUCUGAUGAUGAUGAUGAGCUGGAGUUUGUUUGA